AUGGAGUACUUCAAUUUUGAUGCCGCCUCGAACGGCGCGGACGCUUAUUUCGUCGAUGCCUCAGGCGAGACUCCCGAUACAGGUAGAGGCAUUGCAACCCAUGGACCUGAUGAGCAGGAAGCUUGCGUUGAUGAAAUCGAUGGCUCUGUCGGUGCAUCUGGACAUCGGCCGUCCGUGUCGAUUGAUAUUCCGAUGUCGGGGCCUAAGCACCCUUUCGCGCAGUAUGACCAGGCACCACUGCCCAGCAUAGAGAAUGACGAACAGGAUGCUGUGCCUUCGGAGCCGUACAAGAAAAACAGAGCCCGGCUGCCGAAACAUGCAGUCCGGGUCUUGCGGAGCUGGCUGGCUGAGCACGCCGAUGACCCCUACCCCUCGCGAGAAGAUAACCUAUAUCUGAUGGAGAAGACGGGUCUGUCGAAGACCCAGAUCCGCAACUGGUUGGCGAACUCCAGAAAACGGAAACCCUCCCUCCGCUCCCCGGCCUCUUCUCUGCAGUCCCGCGAUACCUCCAGUGCGCGGUCGAGCUUCGAUAGCCCGUCCUGGACCCCGCUGGAGCGAUGGCAGAACUCGCCACCCGAGGAUGAGCCGGCGUCGCUGUCGGACGUGUAUCAGGCACUGGUCGACCGGCCCAGCGACUAUGAGAUGGGCGCCAAUCCGGCUGCAAGCUUUCCGUCCGAAGGCUACGCGCACCGAAAGUCCAGCAGUAUCUCCAGCUUCAGCGACUUGAGCAUGACGCGCGCUGCAUCCGCCCGGAGCUCGGACUCAAACUAUUCCUCCGCCUCGGACCUCUCUCUCUCCGGCCUCUUCACCGACCAUCUGUCCAUCACUCCGCACCAAGCGCGACCACGGAGCAGAAGUCGACACCGGCACCUGAAGCGACGCAGUUUCAAGAAGAAGCCGGUCGAGGACAAGGAGAAGGCCAAGAAACAGCGUCUCUUCCGGUGCACCUUCUGCACCCAGACCUUCCCCACCAAGUACGACUGGCAGCGACACGAAAAAUCGAUCCAUUUGAAUCUCGACCAGUGGGUCUGCGCUCCCCACGGUGCCACAACCGUAGUCAACGGAGUCACCAUCUGCAUCUUCUGCAGCACUGCUGACCCCGACCUCGACCACAUCGAGUCCCACGACUACAGCCUCUGUCAGGGCAAACGGCCCCAGGACCGCAUGUUCAACCGCAAGGACCAUCUCGCACAGCACCUCAAACUAACACACAGCACCGAACUCCAACCACACAUGGACGACUGGUCCAUCUCGACGCAGGAGGUACGGUCGCGGUGCGGGUUCUGCGACGCCGUCUUCUCGACCUGGAAAGAGCGCAACGACCACCUCGCGACGCACUUCAAAGCCGGCUGCGACAUGUUCCAGUGGCACGGGGACUGGGGGUUCGAGCCUCACGUGCAGGACCUCGUCAAGAACGCGAUGCCGCCGUACCUCAUCGGCGAGGAGUCCGUGACCCUGGAGCCGUGGAGGCCGACGUUUCUGCCUGAGGACUCACAGCUGGCGUUUGGGCACAACUCAUGGGCGAACAAUCACCCCGAGGCGUUCCAGCUGCUGUACGAUCAUCUGGUCGACUAUAUUAUCCGACAGAAGAUGACCGGGGCGUUCCCUUCCGACCAUAUGAUUCAGAAUGAAGCCCGGAGACUGGUCUACGGGAGUGAGGACGAUUGGGACCAGACUUCAGCCGACAACCUGGUCUGGUUGAAUAUCUUGAAGAGCGACGCUCGGAUAUGUGCGGUUGGGAAUAUACCUGCGGACGCUGGGUUUGGCUUGAAUCCGCCUUGA